GAAUAAUUGACAUGCAUAAUUGACAGUUUUCAAUGAAAAUAUAGAACCUUGUUAUAACCUUGUUGUAUCAAAUACCUCCCUAAAGGCUUAUUAGGUAUUAAGUAAGGUUUGGUUGCCAGCUGAUGUACUUUUGACUUAUGAUUGGAUCAUGAGAGUUCUGUGUUAAUCAAGCUGUACUACUAGGAGAUAGGAAUAAUUUAAGGAAGUAAGCCAUCAAGCGUCUUUGAAGACUAUGUUUUGUCCUAGACACUUCCUCUCUGUCUUUUGUCUGCUUCCUGGAUGCCACUAUGUGAGAUGAUUUCCUCAACCAUGCCCUUCCACCAUGAUGCUUCUGCCUACCAUAGGCCUAAGAGCAAUGGAACCAGCUAAUCAUGGAUCAAUGUCUCUAAUACCAUGAACUAAAAUAAGUCUUUCUUCCCUUGUUUUUCUCAGAUGUUUAGUCACUGUGGUGACACUUGUCCAAAAUAUAAUAAAUAUUUCAGCUGAUCAUUAUAUUAAGCAAAGGGCCCUUCUGAGAGCGGUCUGAUAUUACUGGACAAGAAGUCACACACCGAUGACGAAAAUGCUAGUGAACUUGAGGAUCAUCUUUCAAGACCGCAUCCAAGACAACUCUUCACCACCCAGGGUGGCAAGAUGCUAAUCAGUGAAAGAGCCUACCGCUGGCCAAGAGGAAUUGCUCGAAGUAGAUCUGAAGGAAAUUUGGUUGACAUGGAAGCCUCAACACUCUCAAAAAAUCAUAAUAUUACAGCAAGCCAGAAGCUCGGCUUUCCUCACAACUGGCCAGAUGCUUCUGUACACCAUGGCGAUAGUGCUGCAAAAGCUACCAAUCCAUUCUGGAAUGAGCUGUCUGCCUCAAACCCAUUUCUGGAUGACAUCACUCAGCUAAGAAAUAACCAAAAGAGAGAUAAUAUGUCCAUUUUGAAGGAGGAUCCUUUUCUUUUUUCAAGACAAAUAGAAACAGGGAAUUCUUUUGAUUCCUCUGGUGAUGAACUUGACAUGGAUCAGUUGCUUAGGCCAUCUUCCUCAAGGAAGUCAGGAAGAUCUAAAAGUGUUUCAGAACUCCUGGACAUCUUAGAUGAUACAACACAUACUCAUCAAAGUAUACAUAGCUCUGACCAGAUCCUAAUACAAGACUUAGAAUGGCUUCAAAAUGACCGGGAAGCAUAUAAAAUGGCUUGGCUAAGUCAACGUCAGCUGGCCCGCUCUUGCCUAGAUCUGAAUAUAGUUAAUCAUAGUCCUGGGUGGGCUCAAACACAAAUUGCAGAGACUAUUGCAGUUUGUAAAUUAAACCAUCACGGAGGAUCAGUGCAGUUACCCGACUCAGAUAUCACUGUUCAUGUACCCCAAGGACACGUAGCUGUAGGAGAAUUCCAGGAGGUAUCUCUGAGAGCAUUUCUGGAUCCUCCACCAAAGCUGAACCAUGAUCUGUCCUGCACUGUAAGCCCUCUGUUGGAAAUCAGGUUAAGCAACCUGAAGACCAUGGAAGCUAUUUUGCUGGAGAUGAAAAUUGGAGCAGAAGUGAAAAUAGAUCCUCUGAGCCAAGUCAUGACAGAAAUGGUGUGUUUACACAGCCUGGACAGAGAAGGCCCUUUCCAAGCACUAAACAACUGCUAUUUCUACAAAGACACAAUUCAAGCAAAGUUUCUUGAUCUGAGCCCUGUAAUGUACAUAGUCAUAGCUGUGCAAGCUAAGGCCAUUCAGCCACCAGCUGCUACUAUUUGGGAUUAUAUUCAUAAAACCACCUCCAUUGGAAUUUAUGGACCCAAAUAUAUCCAUCCAAGUUUUACUGCUGUUUUCACAGUUUGUGGACACAACUAUGUGCCAGGAAAGUUUACAGUCUCUGACAUUAAGAAGGGUGGAAAAAACGUAUCUCCGGUAGUAUUUCAUCUCUGGGGGAAGCAUUCAUUUUUACUUGACAAGCCACAAGAUUUAAUUAUUUCAGCUUUUUCAUGUGAUCCUGAUUUUGAAGUAAAGGUAGAGAGAGAAAGGAAAAUAAUUGCACAAAGGCAAUUGGAAGCAGGUGCAGUAGUUCAUCAACAAAUGUCCUUUUCUUCAGUUGACCACAGAGAUAUGCACUUGUUUGUUUUCAGGGUUCAUGUGGGGCCUCCCAGGGGAAAACCAGUCACACAAUUUUUUGUCACUUCACCUGAUCCAGCCCCAAACCUAAAAAGGCUCUCACAUCUUCAGAGCUAUUUCCAGAAGGAGAGAGAAGGCAAGGGAGUGCCUUUGUUAUCAGCGGGGCUUGUUAAGUACCCCACUUUCCAAGAUAAAAAAAUGAAUUUUACCAAUUAUGGGAUCACACUGAAGACGGUCCUGAGGCAAAGUAGGAUUGACUACUUACUUGAUUACUUAAAGGGGGAUACAAUCGCCCUUCUUGGAGAAGGCACAGUAAGAGCCAUUGGACAAUCCAAAGUGAAAGAAUGGUAUGUAGGAGUCCUCCGAGGUAAGGUCGGACUUGUGCACUGCAAAAAUGUCAAAGUGAUUUCCAAAGAACAAGUGAUGUCUCUGUCUGAUGGCAGUUUGACAACCAAGAAUCUUUUGGAGCAAAUUGCCUUGCCAUUUAAAAAUCUGACUUAUAUAUACUCUGUUAUGUUGACCCUGGUGUCAGAAAACAUUCAUGACUGGAAAGUUUUAGCUAAUGUCCUGGGCUACUCACAUCUGGCACAGGAAGAUUUUGAUCAAAUUCAAGCAGACAAGGAACCAGAAAGGGUUUCUUACAUUGUCAAGAAGUUAAAGGAAGAUUGCCACGAAGACAGAAGUACCAGAAAGUUUCUUUAUGAACUGAUUGUGGCUCUGCUAAAGAUGGAUUGCCAAGCGUUAGUGGCACGUCUUAUCCAAGAGGCUGUUAUACUGACCUCAGCUGUUAAGCUUGGAAGAAGUUGGAGGGAACUUGCUGAGAAGUCGGCAGGACUCACUAAGCAUCAGAUGCAGGCAUAUGAAAUUCCCUACCGAGGAAAAUCUGGAGAUGUUUCAGCCGAGACAAUAUGGAAACCUGCUUAUGAUUUUCUGUAUGCAUGGAGCACUCACUAUGGAAAUAGCUAUAGAGAUGUGUUACAAGACCUUCAAUCAGCUUUGGACAGAAUGAAAAACCCUGUCACCAAACGGUGGAGAGACUUAACUGGAACUUUAAUAUUAGUAAAUUCUUUAGAGGUUUUAAGAGUAACUGCUUUCACUACUUCUCAAGAAAUAUAGAAUGAAGCAAUUUUUUGGAGCAAGGAAAAUGG